AGCGCGUCCAUGUCAAGCAGCUGGGAACAGGAGGCUGUGUGGAAGCUAGAACCUCCCUCCUUGUCCGCAUCUCAUUAAGCGAGUCCCGCUGUAGGUGAAGCUGCCUCGCGCUGUCAUUCUGAAGCAGGUGUCCAACAUGGCGAACGCUCGCAGCGGCUCUCUGGCGACUAUUCUCUUUCUCUUCGCGUUUCCAGCGGCUCUUCACAAAGGAGCUGCACAGGAACCAGUGGUGAGUCAGAACCUGGUGACGGACGACGUGGCUGUGGUGGAGGGAGAGACGGCGAUCAUCAGCUGUCGGGUGAAGAACAACGACGACUCCGUUAUCCAGCUGCUCAACCCCAACAGACAGACCAUUUACUUCAGAGACAUGAGACCUCUGAAAGACGCGCGCUUUCAGCUGGUGAACUUCUCAGACAACGAGCUGCGGGUGUCGCUGUCUAACGUCUCGCUGUCAGACGAGGGUCGAUAUGUUUGCCAGCUCUACACAGACCCCCCGCAGGAAGCCUACGCCGACAUCACAGUGCUAAUUCCUCCAGGUAACCCCGUCAUCGAGGCCAAGGAUGAGGUGCUGAGCGAGGGAAACGAGACAGAGAUGACCUGCACCGCCAUGAGCAGCAAGCCUGCAGCCACCAUCAGAUGGAUGAAGGGAGAUAAGGAGCUGAAAGGCAAACCCAAAGUGGARCUGAGCUACGAUAAGAUGUACACCGUGACGAGCCGGGUGACGUUCGCCGUCAGUAAGGAGGACGACGGCGUCCCGGUCAUCUGCAUCGUGGACCAUCCUGCGGUCAAGGACUUCCUGGCGCGCAAAUUCCUGGAGGUGCAAUACAAACCAGAGGUGAAGAUCGUGGUGGAAUUUCCUCAGGGUUUGACAAGAGAAGGAGAAAACCUGGAGCUGACGUGUCAAGCCAAAGGCAAACCAAAGCCACAGCGGGUCAACUGGCUGAAGGUGGAUGACGACGUCCCGUCCCACGCAGUCAUCACCGGCGGCGAUCUCUACAUCGAGAAUCUGAACAAGUCGUACAACGGGACGUACCGGUGUGUGGCGUCCAACCCGCUGGGCGAGUCCUUCGACGACUACGUCCUCUACGUCUACGAUGCUCCCACCACCACCCCUAAACCCACCACAGCCACCAUCACUACCACCUCCACCAUCACCACCUCCACCCCGAACCCUGCAGCCAGUCAAGACACUGUGCCCAGCGCUGAACCUGCAGCUCAUGACUCUCGAGCUGGAGAAGGCACACCGAGGACGGUGGACCACGCCGUCAUUGGAGGAGUGGUGGCCGUGGUCGUCUUCGCCAUGCUCUGCCUGCUCAUCGUCUUGGGACGCUACUUUGCAAGACACAAAGGUACCUACUUCACGCACGAAGCCAAAGGUGCAGACGACGCGGCGGACGCAGACACAGCCAUCAUCAAUGCAGAGGGCGGCCACACCAACUCGGACGAAAAGAAGGAGUAUUACAUCUAACCCGAACCGGGGGGACCCCCGCCCCCGCCCUCGCUCGGGUGUCGUCGCUGGCACGCCGAGCCGCUUUCCCGGGGAUGGGGCAGGGGGGUUGUUUUUGACGGAUUCAGAUCGCUUUUUGGUGAAAGGGAUGGAGGAGUGAUUUUGAAGGAAAGGCCUGGUUUUACGCCGUCGUUUAGUCUAGUCUGCAGAUGUAGAUGGAAUGUUAUUUGUGUUUAAGAUAAAAAAGAUAAAAUUUAAAAAAAUUAAAAGCGAGUCGGGGGGUGGGGAGUGGGUGGGUGUGGGUGGGGGCGCCAGAUGUUGCCAGAAAUCACUGUAGAGAGCUUCACCAUUUAACACCUCCCUAACUGCUGGUACGAAGUUUAUCUUUUAGUUCCACCAUUUGCAGAAAAUUCUGUGCCUUGUUCUGAAUUUUUUUGUUCUCUCCACACUCUACAUCCAUGCUGAUCGUCAUUUGCAUAACCUCGUUGCUCUUUUUUCCCCUUUUUCAUCUUUUCUUCCCCCCCCCCAACACUUGUUAUUAUCAGCGUGCUGUCGGCUUUUGUAUGAGGGUAAAAUUACACAGCCACUUUAUUCAUUUCUCUAAAUGUGUCUGCACACGCGCGCUCUACUCCUCUCCUGCAUAACAAACACUCUUUCAAGUAUACUGUGAUUUGUCUCAAGCCAUUUCCUCUCUCUUUUUCCUCUGAGGUUCUGAAGACGUAAUGCAUGGAGUGCUUUGUGUGUCACUGUACGGACAGCCUAAACCAGACGYAGGUUUGUUUUUAUUGAACUCCCCCACCAACAACACCUAGAAGUACAGGUAGAAGCAAGGAUGCAAAGGUUUAUGGGUCAUUUUGCCUCUCCUCCUAAUUUCUGUUGCCUCUGGAAACAAACAAAUUCAUACAUUUUGUUGGUAAACUGGUUGAAUCUCAUGCAAACUUUAAUUUAUUUGUAUAUAACUGUGUAUUAAACCGUCAUUUAUUUAUUUUUAUGCUACAAUUGAUUCUGAUCCUUCAUUAAAUCAAAAUAACAUUAAGCGACCUCCAGAUUGUAGAUAUUAUUAACUACAGACUUACUGUGUCUCCCCACCUGAUAGUCUGGUAGACUCGGCUCGAUUGGGGAUAAAAGUUGCACGUUUGUUUCACUUUCAAACUGCUUUGAGUCAAACCAACCAAACCCUUUGAGCAACACGUUCCCCUCCUUACCUGCAGGGGCGCUGCACUGGAGGAAAUGACAUAAAAACGACACUGAGCGCAACUUYCYUCUUCAUCAGACAGCAUAAAAAUGGAGUGUCAUCGGGUUUUAGCGGUUGGAGGAUUUGUGUUUUAUCUUUGGGCAAAAACCACGAGCCAUUUCUUUCACUUAGGCUAACAUGUU